AUGUCCCCGGGCCCGAAGCCCCGCGGCGGGCGGCCCCCCCCGCGCGCGGCCGAGGUGGGGCGCCUCGUGUCCCCGCCCCGCGCCGCCGCGCUCCCCCGCGCCCGCCGGGGACAUGGUACGUUCCAGUGGCCCCGCGCUCAGCCCCGCCGGGGGGGCUUCGGCGGCGGCGGGGAGGACGCGGCGGCGGCGGCGGCGGCGGCGGAGGACGAGGGGCUUGGGCUUGGGCCAGUGAGCCGGGGCCGAGGGCGCAGCAGCGAGCCUAGAGCCGCACCCCCGCCGCCCCGGGCCACGGCCACGGCCGGCAGCAGCAGCGGCGGCGGCGGCUUCGCCCCUCGCUGGCACCCGGCGGGCCCCCCGCGGGCUGGCAUGACUCUGUUCGGCAGCGAAGAAGCGUGUCGGAGAUAUUUAGACAUGGCCAGAGACCCCAAAGGGAGCCGGGCCCGGCCUGGCCAGAAGCGACAGCACAGCGCUACCCUCUACCACAGUAACUGUGACCUGAACUACGAGCUGUAUCGGGAAGACUUCCCCUACAGGGUCUAUGAGUAUCAGAGGAUCCCCCCACUUAUCAACCGAGCGCCUGUCAAGAGCAGACGGACUCACAUGGGAACAGGGGGCAAGAGUGGCCUCAAUCCCCACAUCCCCCCACGAAGCAACAACCCACCCCCUGUCCGGACAAAGUUAAGAGCUGAGGAGCUGCACUCGAUCAAGGGGGAGCUGAGCCAGAUCAAAGCCCAGGUGGACAGUCUGCUCGAGAGUCUGGAGCGCAUGGAUCAGCGGCGAGACCGGCUGGGAGGGCCCCAAGACAGCGAGAAGAAGGCGGCCUCGGCCGGCGGGGAGUCCUCCAGUGCGGCCCCGGAGGCCCAGCGGGAGCCCAGGGGCAAAGAGAGCCCGGAGGCCAGAGCUCGCAGCCGCAGGGAGGCCGACAGUGCGGAAGAGAGCACGGACACGGAGGAGGCAGUGAGGAUGAAAAACCACACAUCGGACCCUGACGGGAGCCAGUAGAAGCACUGGGGCCCUUCCUGGGUCGGCCUCCCAGCCUGUGCCACGUGAGACCUGCCCUCCAGCCUCUCCUCCAGAAGCUGGGCACAAGUCCCUGAGGUGCAGGCCUAGAGUACGGGCCUGGGGAGGCAGGAAAAUCCAGCAGGUCUAGAAUUUCCCUUUGAAAAAACUCCACCCUCCUUUCCUCUGUGCUGUUUCCCCCACCUCAUGAAAAAGGGGUUCCCUUGGUAGUAAGGCUUGGCAGGACGGGCAUUUGGGGAAGUGUCUGGGCCAACAAUUCCAAGUUCUUGCAAAAUCGCUCAGUGAUGAUUUUCAGUUCCCCGUCCCCACCAGGUACCCACUCAACAUUUCUUCUUGAAGAAACAUUCCCAGGGAUAGAACUGGUACCACCCCAGCCCCCCAUCUCUCGAGCAGUCAGUCCAUUUACAACAGUAUUGGCUCGCUUCCUGGCUCCACAGCAGACACAACCCAGGUUUUGCUCUCAAAAUCAGCCAUCUGACACAGAACCCCCCAGUGUUCCUUAUGGGGCUCCCCCAGCUUUCUUUCUGCCCAGCCAGUGUCGGGGAGACAUUGGCUGCAUACCCCCUUAUCCCUGUGGCGUGAGAAAAUGAGAUCGAUACCAUUCUGUGCUUUCUCUGGUCCCUGAGAACCCCUACCAAGCCAGGCCAAGGGCAGCGCCUCAGCUCCCGGUGGCUCAUCAAGGUUCCCCCUUUUCCCAGGACCCCGUGGCUUCAAUGUUUUGCACUAUUAGCCUUCAUGUGACCCCUUCUCCCCCAGCCCCUGCAGAAUUCCAUACCCACAGUGGUGCAUGGGAAAUGAGUUCUGUUUCCGACAGGUGCGUUUCUGCUCCGUAGAAGAUAAGUCAGGUCCUUGGUCGAUGUUGCCCCGGUUAGCCCUGUUACUUCCUUGUCCCCCCUUCCCCCAUGCUGUCCUUUCAGAACAGGUGUAGUUCAUUCUUAUGUCCAGUUUCUAGCUUGUCUUCUUGCUGGUAUGAUACUGUGUAUUUCAAAUCUGCUCUGGAAAAGUGUAUUGUGUUUAAAGGAAAAAAAAUUAAAAGUUUGUAUUUCUUUUCUCUGGUUAAA